AAAAGGUAUUCAGAUCAUCCUCCUCAGACACCAGUGGGGAAGACAGCUACAAAGCUGCGACGACAACUUCGCCGCAACAAACCCAGAUAUUAGACAAAUAUUUGGAUCAGAUAAAAUACCUUGACAAGGAUUCUUGUCAGCUUUCAAGAAAAAAGAAACGACAAAAGACAGCAAAGAAGACAAAGACUGCGGAGAAGGACAGAUCGCACAGUCGAAAAAAGAACUAUUCAUUCCAAAACAAAUCAGCGAGCCCCAUCGGGCCAGAGGCGCCCUUGUGCUCUCUUUAUUCAAAGCCUAAUGUGAUGAAUCUCCACAUGGACAAGAUGGCCGUAGCAGAUAGGUCACCACCAAAGGUCGCAAAGUCAAAGCGGUAUCACCACAAGGAAAUUCAGCAGGGUUUUUCACACGCUCUCCACAUACCCCUCAAACCCACGGCCUGCACCGCCACUCAGACAGAAAACUUCUUCACUGCCGAACUCUCUUCCUAUUUCGCUUUCUCCACAAAGAGAAGACUGGCGGGUGGCUCUGAUGUCGAGAAUCCUUUGGAUCUGAGCUUGCCUCAAAGAGCUAGGAAAGACCUCUGGAGGUGGGCCUCAAGUGAAGUCAAAGAGAAUGAGAAAUGGGGUGAGAAUAAACUGUCCGCCAGAGGGCUCAACGUGCCUUCAUCCUGUUGUUCGGCCAUGAAAGACCUGGAGGUGAAGGAAGGGGUUGUUGUUAAUGAGAAGAGGGAAGGAAAGACCACACAGAGUCCCCUGACGGAGUCGGAGCCCAAGUCCGGCGACACGACAACAUCCAGCGAUUGCAAUGAGCUGCCAGGCCAAAGCAAAAAGGUUGACCUGAACCAGGUGAAGCCAAUACAGAUGAGGCUGAAUGAGUCUUUCUUCUUCAAGACCAAAGGAGACGGACAUUCACCCAGACCCGAGUCACCUCUGAUGAAACUUUCUCAGAGCAGAGCAAGUGAGAAAGACAUGAAAGGCAAGAAGACACGUUGAGGUUGAUCAGAAAUUCACAUAAAAUCAACUGCCAUAAUGUGUCUACUACACUUGACCUUUCAGAAAACAGAAUUUAUUGUUUGGGUUGAACGGAAAUUGUUUUUUCUACUUCUGGAAUAAUUGAAUAACAAGCAAGAGUAUCGGCUCAAGUUUGCAGGUCAUCUUAAAGGAAAGUUUAGUCAUUGAUUGUUGAAAGUUAAAAUGUGAUGUUAUUGGUACAGUUUAUUGCAUUAAGAGAAUAUGUCAUCUUUACUGUAAGUAACAUUCUGGCCUGAAUUUUUGCAUUUCGAAAAUACAAAUAAAAGCAAGGGCAAACAA